UCAGUUAAUGUCAACAUUCCUGUUGCUGCGCACAAGAUCGUUGUGAGGGUUCGGACGUAUAAACAUGGCACUGUUUGGAAAAUCUGCGGUGUUCCAGGCUGUCUACACAUUUGUAGAUGACAACUGGCCGUUGCUGCUAGCACUGUUUCUGAUUGUAGCUUGGGUUGGUCUCAUAAUAUUACUUCUGAACGGUGAUCAGCCAGCGAGAAAUCCGAUCCAUCGUCGGACCGUACGUCCACCGUCGCCGGUUGUGACUGACCAAAGUACAAGAGACAAAGUUCUGAAACUAGGCUUCAAGCCGGAUAGGGUGCCUGACAGGUUGGAUGCGAUCGUAAUAGGCAGUGGUAUCGGAGGUCUUACUGCCGGAUCGUUGCUCGCCCGCGCUGGCAGGCGGGUGCUGGUGCUGGAGCAGCAUGAUCAGGCAGGCGGCUGCUGCCACGUCUUCCAGGAGAAGGGCUACGAGUUUGAUGUCGGGAUUCAGCAACGAUUGGCGGAGAUGCGCUACGUCCACGGAUGCAGAAAAGUCUGA